AUGGUUAGAAAAAUUAGAAGUGAUAAAAAAGAUACAACAUGUGAUUAUUAUAGUAGAAUUUUAGCAAAUGCUAAUAAACUUCAUGAGCAUCUUAAAAGAAAGAAUCCAUCACCUUCUAUUCAAGAAAGUAACCAACAGCUCAUUCAAGAGGUAAUCCAAGAACCUGUUCAAAUACCAAUUCAAAUUUAUAAAAAAAGUGAUCAAAUCUCUGAAUCUGAAUCUCUGGCAGAAGUUAAAAAUCUACCUUUAAGAAAUCAACCAGCAACUCGUCUUGCAGAUAGAAUUGAUGAAUUUACUGAUGUAAAGCAAUAUCGAAGCUGUGAUCCAGAAGUGUGGCAAGAAAGAAAACAUAUAGGAGGUCAUCAAGUACAAAAGAGAUGUGAAAAUGAUGGAAUUGUAGGAUAUAUUUGA